AUGGAUAGCCCCUCUCCCGGCCCAAGUCCAGCUCUAGAAGCUCAGAAUCCGGCCCAUCGCCCUCCUCCCCCGGGUUCAGGUCAUUCCCUUCUCCCACAUCCAGCUCUACCUUAUCACUAUCUGCCUCCCGGCCAGUAUCCUCCAGUUGGGCCUCCUGGUCAGUAUGGGCCCCUUCAGCCACCUGCUUCACACGCGGCCCCGUCUUCACGUCCGUCUUCGCAUGCGGCCCCGUCUUCUUCAGUUCGGACCCCUUCAGGUCAUACCUCUUCAGUUCAGGCCCCUUCAAGCCGAACAUCUGCAAGUAAGACCUCCUCACGGUUAGCCAUGCCACCCCUCAAAUUCCCGAUCGCAUCUCUUCAAGGGGGGAUGAUCAGAGAGAGAUAUACCUUGAUCAAAGAAAUUGAGAAGUCUAUCCAAAGUGUACGACCUGGAUUCCGCAUCCGAGUUGAGCAACUUGCCACAUUCCUACUUCUUCCACUCCAAGACCUCAAGGCAAAUGGUCAACUUUCGCCUAAGACUUGCACCCCUCACCGACUUCAAGAGCGACUAGGAGACAUCCCGGCAUUUUGCAAGCACUACAUGCUUCACCUUGAUCCGGAAAACAUGAUUUCUCACCCGAAGAACCAUAAAUACAAACGUUGGAGUCACGCUAUACCUGAGCAGCCAGAGAAGCAGGAUCGACUGCACUCCGACAUGAGCCCAGACCAGAUAAGGAAGUCGAUGCAUUACCAUUCAUGUUUCAAAACUAGAGAUAUCAGCCUUCCUAACGACUUGGGUAAGAAAGCGGAGAGUUCAUGUAGGAAGCGCGACGGAAACAAAUGUGUUGUGACGGGCAGACCUAACCCUCGCGUCUUCUGGUUUAUUCCCCGUGGUUGGAACGAUACCACAGACCACAAUGACGCUACAGGAAAUCUUGAAGCUGGCGGCUUUUACUUGACCAAAGUUGACCUUUUAAAGGGUAUCCAUAGUGCGCGUGAGCUUGGUAAGACUCAGAAGGCUUGGAAUAUGAUCUGCAUUGAUCCCGUUCUAUACGAUUUUCUCGUACAGGGUUAUUGUGCCUUCAGUUACGUUAGCGCACGAGGUCUUGACGGAACUUCCAUUCUGAACUUGAAGUUCUUCUGGAUGCCUAAACUGACUCCACGAUUUCAUCAAGUUAUGGAUCUCAGCAAAAUCGAUACAUUCGAGCGUACCCCCGGCGCGGACCACCUCCUUAGUUUCGACAUAGGCGACAUUGACUUUGGGAAGGAGCUAAGUGUUGACCUCGACUACUUCCGACGCCUAAAUUGUCCUCCGGCUCCAGAGUGUCAAGAAAGAAUGUCCGAGACAACAGAUUUUCCGGUCAUUUCAUCAGGACAUGACGUCUGGAUAAACAUAACAGCACCAGAAGCGAGUUUAUUUGAGUCUGUGGCCAAGAUACAUUGGUAUUGUGUCGUAUUCUCAGCUCUUUGUGGUGGUGCCGGGCGAGCCUGGCACUUGACUGGAAUGGACCAAACAGACGGCUCUCUUCAGCCAGGGCCACCGGUACUAUAG